AAUGAAGGAGGAAUUCUUCACAAAUCUACCAUCACACAUCACCAUCGACAUCCUCUCCCGACUCCCCGUCCCAACCAUUUUGCGAUGCAAAUCCGUUUGCAAGCCAUGGCUCGAUCUUCUCAACGCUCAAGAAUUCAUCAACCAUCAUCUUUCCAACUCCACCCCCGUCCUAGCCGUCUUCCACGAAGACCUCUCAUCACAACAACUCUACAUAUUCAAAGACGAGCAUAAUCUCGAGCACCAUGAGCUUCACUACAAUCUCCUCAUCCCCAACUUAAAACUCCCCCUUGAAGAAUUUACAUCAACGCCAGCCAACGGCCUCCUUCUCUGGCGCAACACCAACAUCAGGCCGAAUGCCCUUUCCAUAUGCAAUCCAAUCACCCGUGAAUAUAUUGAAAUCCAUUCACCUCAAGACUUUGACUACACGUACCCUCAAGUAGUCACAUUUGGAUUCGGAGCCAGCAGAGUAACCAACGAACAUAAGUUAGUUAGGGUUUUCCAUGAUUGCAUACGUGAUCAAGGCACGUAUAGAGUAUUACGGAUUCCCAAAUCCGAGUGCCACGUGUACACCCUUGGAGCCGGUUCAUGGAGGAGGGUCGUCGCCCCUCCCACUCCCUUCGUGUAUAACUGUCGUUCCAUUGGGGCGUUUCUGAAUGGAAAUCUUCACUGGCUUGUGCUUGAUUUAGAUAACAAGCCCAUGAUAUCUUGCUUUGAUCUUGAAACAGAGAUGUUUCGCGUAUUCUCAGCUCCUCCUCCGCAUCAAGGAGGAGGGCUUCUGAUAGACGUGUUUGCUUUGGGGGAAAGCCUUUGCGUGUGUGAUAACUCAUCCGAAGAUGAGAUUGUUAUCUGGUUGAUGAAGGAAUAUGGAGACGAGAAAUCGUGGAGAAAAUAAUAUGUGAUUAGAAAAAGUGAGGACUAUAGGGGUGAGUGUUAUGAAGUAGUUCGGCCACUCAAAGUGUUCAAAGAUGGAGACAUGUUGAUGGCGUGGGGUGACUUCUCCCUCUUUUACUAUUCUAGUAAGACAAGAACUAUUUCGGGGAUUGAAAUGUUUGGCUGUGCUAAUUCAGUCCUUCUGUUACGGACGUUCUCCGUAACGAGCCCGUGAUCUUCCUUCUCGACGGAACAGCGAGCAAUUCCCACGACAACCUCGCGGAAUUGAUCGAGAAUUUUGCUGGUUCGUGGACGUCUUCCACGCGACAGCAAAGAAACGAAAGUAAUUUACUUGUUGCACAAGAUAGGUUUAGGGAAAAUAUUUCAUUCAUAAAAUUAAUGUGUGGAUGAAAUACCCUAUUUUAUACUAAGGACCCUAGGGCGGU